AUGUCCCCCCGUCCUCCAGCUUGGAAGGGAUACCUCUACCUGACAAGGCUUCAUAUGUGGCCUACCGGAACCAUGGUAGUAUUCUGGCCGAGUGUAUGGGCACUAUCAAUGUGCGCGUAUUCGCUGAAUCUGCCUCCAAAGGAGGUGGCCGUACAAACGCUCGCCUACCUCGUCGGAAGUACAAUUCGACACAAUGCUGGUUGCAUCUGGAAUGACAUUUGUGAUAUGGACGUCGACGGUAAAGUUGAACGUACCAAGAGUCGGCCUCUCCCGUCUGGAAUGAUCUCUCUUCCAGCCGCGCUACUAUUCUUCGUCGCUCAUAUGGCCGUCUGCAUGUAUAUGCUCUCGUUCAUGGGCCCACUAGCUUUCAAAUUCGGCCUUGUGUGUCUGUUGACAUUCGAUUUGAUAUACCCUCUCACGAAGCGAUUUACAAACUGGCCACAAGCAUGGCUAGGACUUGGGAUAGCAUGGGGAUUCCCUGUCGUUUGGGUCUCAUACACAGACUCCGUGGACCUAAAAAUUCUAGUUCCUGUUGUGCUUGGAAUCAUCUGCUGGACCAUUCACUUCGACACUGUCUAUGCACGCCAAGACCGAGAGGAAGAUGCCAAAGCUGGGGCGUACUCUUGCGCUAUCUAUUUUGGCGACUAUAUUCGACCCAUCUUGACCUUCUUCACGAUGGCAUUCGUUACCUCACUUGCUUAUGCAGGAUACCUGAACGGACAGGGUCCCCUGUACUUCCUUAUCACCGUAGCUGGAACUGCUCUCAAUUUAAUCUGGCAGUUGAGUAACCCCGAGCUGGAAACUGGCAAGCAGAGCAACAAACUAUUCCAGGCAAACCAUAAACUUGGGUACAUUAUCUGGGGAGGCAUGCUCUUCUCGCGUUCCGAGUCCAUCAGACACGAGACGCAGCGAAGGGAUUUGCUCGAUGAGAAGCUCCGAGAACUGCUUCGCGAUUUCGAAGCUCGGUUCAAUGGCAACGGGCUCGAGGGUCGCACCUCUGAUCCGUCUGCAAAAUUUUAUGUACUCAAGCCAUCACCUCGGCGCCAGUAUGGGAGCGACUUCUUCCCGGCCAUCACAAGAUGA